CCUUUAUAGAAAACACCUAAGCACGGCAAAUUUUUAUAACAUAAUUGAUUUUAGCUGAUUUUAGGGAGAUGAAACUCUAAAUACAUAAAAAAAAUGCGAGGUAUUUUUUUUUUAGAUGAAAGCUGUAUUAGCAUAUGGACAGUUACACGGUAUCCACAGUAUAAGUAAUUAUGAACUCUACCUUUUUUUCCCUUCAUGUUAGAUAUUUAGUCUGAAGAAAGCUCUGCAAGAUGCGAAUAUCCUCAACGAUCCAAAGAUAGUGUAAACACAUUAAUGUCCUGUCCUUUUGUUUGAACCCUUCAGGCUCCAAGGGUGAUAAGCAUAAAAUUUAUCCUGGUUUGUAAUCCAGAAAAGACAUCGCAAUAUAGGACGUAACCAUACAAUAUGGAUUCUCUUGACGUGUUUUCAGCAACUUGUCUUUACUACUUUUUCGUUUUUCGUUGUCUUCUCUCUUAGAGGUCGUAGGAGUAAAGUCAUAAUUACUGUCAUCUCGCCUGAAUUUAUGUCGCCCAUAACCAGAAUUAUGUUCAAAAUUCAAGUGCAACCUUUUUUUGACCAAGAGUGUAGGCAAUGGAAAAUCGUGUUCAUUGCGCUUUUUCCAGUAUAAAUUUUCUGUUGUUGUUGUCGCUGUAAAUUUUUUUUUAGCAACGCUUUUUUAACUGCGGCAGGUUUAGUUCAGCUUAUGGUAGAGCGCUGGUCCAUUGAGCGGGAGUUCGUACGUUCGACUCCCGGGGUUGGACCAAACCUCAGCACAAUGUUCACAAGGACAAUUCGGUUCACAAGAACUGUGAAAACAAAGCCAAAAUACUGAAAAUUUCAUGUGUAAGGUGUCAUUUUGUGAAAGUUGACAUUUAUUUUCUCGGGCUCAUUAUAAGAAAUUUUCUUUGGUCUUUAUUACAGAUAACUAAUUACAUCUAUGGCCCUUGAAGAAUGUAAAAAGGAAUGCGAUAUUGUUUAAAUUAUUCUGGUACAAGGUUUUUGUCCACUGAAAAUUAAAAUUACUCAAUUUGCUGAUGGAUUUCAUCUUAAAACUUCAUAAGAAUGCAAGACUUUUCUUCUGAUUUUCAGAAAGCGAUGGCUGAGUUCGAAAUUCUAGUGGACCUGGGCAAGGAUAGCCAUAAUGUCACAGACAUGGACCUCGAUACAGAAGAACUCACAGAUGAUAACGAAAACGGCAACGAGAACAGCAAGCUUGGGAUGCAGGAUGAAAUUGGUGGAAUGGAAGAGUUUACGGCAGAGAAAAACGCAGAAAAUGGAACUGGUGUGGAUCUUGCAGAUGUAGUGGAGGUUUCUAGAGUGACAGUUUGGGUACAGAGCUGGUGGAAGUUGGCAACGGUGAAGAACUUUGUCUUGAAAGUUAUCCUGUGCAGGAGGUAGCAGUAAAAGAGGGUGACAUUGGGUACCCUGUUGAAAGUGAAAACGUAGACACUGAAACAGAAGAAAAGGGGAUAAAAGAGGAAGUGAAAGAUGAGAAGCUUGAUGAAGGUAAGGUGGCAGAUGACAAAAAGAGCCAUCAAGCUGAGGAAGACAUAAACACCGAGGAGAAGGCGAAGCUAUUUGUCGAAGAUGAAAAGAGCCACAAGGAAGAUGCGGAAAAACAAACCAGUCAGGAAGAGAAAGAAAACGAAAAAAUGAAAGAAGUGGAAGAUGACAACGUAGAAGAAGAAGGGAGUGGCCGCUUUGUGAAGAUUGAUGACGAGCAGUUUGAAGUGAUUGAUGACAUGGAUGAGGAAGACAGCGAUGAUGACUACAAAGAAGUUACUGCUGCGGGCAGUUCUCUGCAGGUCUUUGAUAAUAGCGCCCAGAAAGUUCAAGAGAAUGAAAAGGCUGAGUAUAUGAACAGUGACCGUGCAAACGAACAGCUUGCGAGUGAUUCAACUAAUUACGCUGAGCUUGACUCUAGUACCCAGGGAAAAACGCAACAAAGCGAAGAUGAUUACAAAGAGGUCAAGGCGCAGCAGCAGGUCACCACCGACUCAUCAAAUUACCAACUAAAUUACGAUUCUCAGUAUCAAGCCUGGCUCUCGGCAGCUGUGAACAGCCGUGCAUCUAUGAAUUACGGACCCAACCAGGUGCGCAUCUCCGGGGAGGAGCUCGUACUUGUUGGUAUUAUAUGUUCCUACCUCCAGCUUUGCCCCGCAGGAGCUACAAGUGGCGAGAUACGAGAUUACCUGUCGAGGCAGUUCAAGGAGCGAAGAAGGGAUGUGGUAGAUAGAUUGCUUUGCAGCUUGCCUGUUUUGUUCAAGGCAGAGGAUGCUAGUGGAAAUGCCAAGUGGAAGUUCUGUGGAUUAGAGAAGUUGGCUGAGGCAAAAGGCUAG